UAUCCGAUUCUCCAAUCCUCGCCACUGACACAAACAACGUAACGGUAGGGACAGGGAAGAGAUGGCGACCAGUAUGUCAAACGCUAACGUUACCUAGCCAAGGUGAUGUUUUUUAAACUACCCAUCAGAUAAAGAGUUUACCUUGUUGAUUUCACAUAAGCUAAAUAACCGGACACUAUGGAGGAACCGUGGGACUUUGAGUUUCUGUCCCGCAUCGCUGACAGCUGCUUGUCGUUCCUCUCAGAAUUUGUUGACGACUGGCUCGCCAACGAUAUGAGAGUUUGCAUAUUCAAAAUCCUACUCAGCUGGCUAAUUGUAAGUCUUAUCGCCAUUCACUUUGCCUGGAAAGUGUACGGAAAUACAGUCAACGACAUGUAUUAUCGGCAAGGGACUGGACAGAAUGGAGGCACUCCUGAAACAGCAUCUCAUCUGAGUGGAUGGGAAGGCAAAGCAGGAGAUACCCUAAAGACUCAUCGCGAUUAACAAGACAUGGGUGUCGGACCUUUUCCAAGUGAGAGCUGGACUCCUGUAAUGAGACAUUAAAUGCACCCUCAGACUUUGCUUCAAUGCAUUCAAGAUGCAUGCACAUUCUGGCAACUGCCCGAAGAAACAUCUGCUAUGCAUACCAACAGUGUCACACUGAUAUCCACUGUAUCAACUACAUAGUGCUCUGAGUUGUUUAUUUAUUUUUCAAGAGGCUUCAGUACAAAUGGGUCCUACAAUGAUGGGAUUGUGUGUGAAUUGAGGUGCUUUAAGAACACGGACACGGUGGCACACACUUACCGCAGAGCAAAUUAACACUGUUUCUCAUUACCUGAGAGGAACAUUGUGUGAACCUAAUGUGAGAUACAGAGUGCCUGAUUAGAGUAUUUACCCCUCUUUGACUUUUUCCAUGUCAUUUAUUAAACAUUGAACACUCAGCCAACUCCUGUGCCAAAAUAAAACAACAAAUCAGAUACAACGGAUCAAAAUUAGAUUCUGAUAUUAAAUACUUUGACUGUUUUGUUAAGAAAUGCAGCAUUGUACUGCACUUCACCAGUUUUAGUAUAACAUCUGCAGCAGGAAAAACAUACGUGAGAUCUGGGCUGUGCCAGCCGCCACGAAGCAUUGCAGCACGUUGUAUCGAUGUUUCUGUACAGGAGGCCCUAGUGGCUUAUGAUGGGAGAGGCUCAGCUGAAUGAACCACAAUACAGGAAAAGUCCUGAAGGAAAAACUGCUGCAUUUAGCUUGAAAACAAAGCCAAAAUGGCUUUAAACAACAAUGUUUAAGUUCUUUAGUGAUCAGUUCAGAGUCCACACCUCAGUCCAGAUUAGAUAAUAAUUUGGUCAUCAGAUUUCCAAAACUGAAAGAAAUCUAUCCAUAAUUAGUAGAUUCAAAGCCAUAAUUGCUGCCAAAGGUGCUUCCUUUACCUGAGGAUUAAAACAUUUUCCUAUGUGAUCAACCAUUUAGAAAAAAAAUUAUGUUAAGUGGCAAAAAGAUUAGUUAAAUCCACUUGGGAUUUAAUGUAAAAUAAUAAAACAUGAGAAAUUCAAAGGGGAGUUGAAUACUUUCACAGUGCAUUGAAUGAGCCAUCUUACCAUCAGCUAUUAUAACUGAUGUUAUAAUACUGUUAUAAUGGUGAAGAUAAGACAAUGUACUGCAGUGUGUAUUUACAGAAAUGUUUAAUGAUGUGCAUAGUCCUAGUCAAAGGAACUAAACUACAAAAUCAUCAGCAUAUUUGAGAUAACUUGAAGUUCCUGAGAAGAAAAUACAACUGUGCAAGUUUUAUGUAAAUGCUUGGUUGAUAUUAAAUGUGUUGUUUUUGAAAA